AUGAUGGAAAUCAACUUUACUCAUAAAACUCAAAUUACUUCACUCACCGGUUUUUUCGAAGGUAAAUUUCGUACAGAAAUUUCCAAUCAAGUAGAAUUUCGACAAAUUAUUACAUUUCGGAUUGAAUUUGAUGAUCUCAUACGACAAUGGUGCAAAGGGAAUGGUAAAAUUUAUGCACCAGCUGGUCAACAUAAAACUGAAGCAAAAUUGGUGAUUGGAGAGGAAUGUCCGGGAAGUUAUAUGGGCAAAUAUGGUUCCAUCGAAUAUUUAACAGCUGUUAAGUUAUGUAUUCCUGGUCGUAUCGGUAAUACGAAAUUGGUGAAAAUAUAUCCGGUACGAGUGAUAUCAGUAAUGAAUAUUACUUCUUACCUGCCAUUUCAUAUACCGUUUCAUAUUGAACGAUAUUUUCAUAAGAAAUUUUUCUGUCUUAAUAAAUCAUCUAUCAAAGUUUUUAUCAAAUUACCCAAAACAGCAUUUGUUCAAGGUGAAUCGAUUGUUAUAAAUGGUAAAAUUAGUAAUGAACAUCCAAAAAAUCCAAUCAAAAAUGGUAUUGUUGAACUUGUCAUGGUUGUACGAUUUCGUUGUAAAAACAACGAAAAAUUUACGAAUGCAACGCUAUCAUAUUUUACACUUCCACUGAUUCCACAAUGUUCCAUUAUCGAAUUUCAAUGCUGUUUGCAAAUACCAAAUAAUGCAUUUCCAACUUAUUCGCAUCCAGAUGCACUUAUUAAUUCAUCCUAUCACUUAUCAAUAGUACUCAACGAAUGUACACCAAUUGAAAUUCCAGUAAUCAUUGGUACUGAAAUUUCAACCCGAUUUGCUGAUACUCAAAAUUAUCAACCAUCACUAUUGCCCAUUCCUGGUAAUAUUAAAAUUCAACUAUUAUCAUCACAGCAAACAUUUCCAUCGCUAUCCAUUCAACCACAGCUAUUAUCGUUAUCACGGUUGCAUUUAUCAUCACUUCCAACUUCGCAAUCUUCACCAUCAAUCAUCUCUUCUCCAUAUUUCAAUCCAAAUUUUGAUAAACAUCUUAUUGAACCACAUUUCAUUCAACCAUUCUGCACAUCAUUUCCAUUUCAUCAUCCCAUCCUCAAUUAUCAUUCACAAGCAACUCUCUUUCCGGGAGAAUUCCCGAUCACCUAUACUCGUUACAAAGGACAGUCUGUGUUAAGGAUAGAAGAAAUUGAAUGA